GUGAUAGGCUGAUAUACCGAUAGAUUGAUCUAACCUAACAAAUGCCAACACAAUGAACAUCGAAGACAUUCCAAACCAGGGGGAGAACCAAAUCCAUUAUGCUUAGCCAUGCCUACCUACCUUCUGGUCAAAGACACGAGGAGGUAUGGAUAAUAGUUGUACGUGACGCGUCUGUCUUUCCCUUCCUCUCGCUCGUGCUACUCGGUCGUCAAUCCCACGCACGUAUGGGGCUGCGCUGCAUAUCCCUUGCGGCUUCAUUUCCUAAAGCACAAAUCUGUGGUUUUAUCUUCCAUUGAGAUAAGCCUCCCGGUUCAGCAAGAGAAUCAUUUCAGCCUCCUGUAGACUCGCCAAAAUCUGAACUAAUGUCUUCUAAGAAGUUUCAAGGAAGUUUAACUGAGAAAACGUUAUCUUCUGAAGAGCAACAGGCCAAGAUCAAUGAAACAAGAAAAUUGAUUGGUCCAAUUGCUGAUAAGCUUCCAGUCCUGUGUUCCAAUGCAUCAAUAUUGAGGUUUCUUAGAGCUCGGAACUGGAAUACAAAGAAGGCAUGCAAGAUGCUGAAGCAAACCUUGAAGUGGAGGCUGGAGUACAAGCCAGAGAAGAUCCAAUGGGAGGACAUUGCUCAUGAAGCUGAGACAGGAAAAGCAUAUAUGGCAAAUUACUUUGACAAGUUUGGACGACCUGUUCUUAUCAUGAGACCUGGUUAUCAGAAUACAAACUCAACAAGUGGGCAGAUCAGAUACUUGGUUUACUGUAUGGAACAUGCCAUUAAAAAUUUGAAUUUAGAUCAGGAGCAGAUGGUGUGGCUAGUUGAUUUUCAAGGAUGGAACACAUCAAGAAUAUCUAUGAAGGUGACUCGGGAAACGGCUCAUAUCCUGCAGGAUCAUUACCCAGAGAGGCUGGGACUCGCAAUACUCUAUAAUCCACCAAAAAUAUUUGAGUCCUUUUGGACGCUGGUAAAACCAUUUAUUGAGCCCAAAACCUUCAAGAAAGUGAAGUUUGUCUACCCCAACCACCCAGAAAGCCAGAAGAUAAUGGAAGAGCUCUUUGAUAUGGACAAGUUGGAAUCCAAAUUUGGUGGGAGAAGUUCAGCUGGUUUUGUCUACCAAACUUAUGCUCAAAGAAUGAUGGAAGAUGACAGGAAAAUUUCUGAUUUAAUCGACUCUGGUGGUUUAUCUCCAUUAUCAUCUGCAAUGUCUGAAUGCCAGCAAUCAGACUCAUUGGUUACUGAUCAUUGUUCAGAGGCCUCGGAUGAAUCAUCCGGUGAUGAAGCAGCUUCUUCAAACUUGGAGGUUGUUGACGAGAAAAUACAAGUCCAUCCACCAAGCUCCAAUGAUGUUGCAAAUGGUGAGGCCUUGAAGCAGCCACCUAGUAAUGAAAAUUGAGUAGCUAAAUGUUGACAUAUCAUGUGUAUAUAAUAUAUAUAUAUAUAUAUAUAUAUAUAUAGUACUUUAUGCAUCAAUUGCAUAGAUAUGAACGCAAACAUCAAAGUGCGUUUUCUUUACCUUGUACAGAUAUGAACUUUUGAGAUUAAUGAUUUCAUACAGUCCAUUUUUGAACUGUAUCAUUACUUGUCUA